CAUGGAACUCAGUUUCGAUACCAAAGACAUUAAGAUCAAGAGUGAGCCCAGAGAUAAGGAACGGGAGAGAGAGAAGGACAGGGAUCGCGACAAAGACCGCGAUAAGGAUAAGGAUAGGGAUAAGGACAGGGAUAGGGAACGGGACAGAGACCGCGAUCGGGGCGAUAGGGAUAAGGACAGGGAUAGGGAUAAAGAGAGGGAUAAGGAUAGAGAGAAGGAUAGAGAGAAGGAUAGGGAGAGGGAUAAGGAUAAGGAGAAAGACAAGGAUAAGGAGCGCGUGAAGAGCGAGAGAGACAAAGACCGGGAUAAGGAUAAGGAUAGGGAUAAAGACAAGGAUAAGGAUAAAGAUAAGGAUAAGGAGCGGGAGGCGCGCCGUGAAGGGGACCGUUCCUCCCGACGCCAUAGAUCGCGGUCUAAGGAGAGGUCUUCACGACGAGAGCGCGACAGAGAGGGU